AGAGUGUGAGUGAGUUGAAAGUAAAAAUGUUAGUAGAGGAUAAGGGAGUGGCUUUGUUGUUAUUGCUUUGUGCUCAUGUUUUUGUGGCCAAUGUGGUUGCAAGGAAUGUGGCAAAUGAAGAAGAGAAGAAUGUAGGGUUUGGAAAGGGAGGUGGGUUAGGUGGUGGGUUUGGUGGGGGAGGAGGAGCCGGUGGUGGGUUCGGAGGCGGGUUUGGGGGUGGAGGUGGUGCAGGUGGAGGAGGAGGAUUUGGUGGUGGUGCUGGAGGAGGCCACGGAGGUGGAGCUGGAGGAGGGUUUGGUGGUGGUGCUGGCGGAGGUGGAGGCCAUGGGAUUGGAGGUGGAGCUGGUGGGGGGUUUGGAAAAGGAGGAGGACUUGGAGGUGGCGGCGGCUUUGGGAAAGGAGGUGGCAUUGGUGGUGGAAUUGGUAAAGGUGGAGGUUUAGGUGGUGGUGGCGGCUUUGGAAAAGGUGGUGGGAUUGGUGGUGGAAUUGGCAAAGGUGGAGGUUUAGGUGGUGGUGGCGGCUUUGGAAAGGGUGGUGGCAUUGGUGGUGGGAUUGGGAAAGGUGGAGGUUUAGGUGGUGGAGGCGGCUUUGGAAAGGGUGGUGGCAUUGGUGGUGGGAUUGGCAAAGGUGGAGGUUUAGGUGGAGGUGGCGGCUUUGGAAAAGGUGGUGGCAUUGGAGGUGGAAUUGGAAAAGGUGGAGGCUUAGGUGGCGGUGGUGGCUUUGGAAAAGGUGGUGGCAUUGGAGGUGGAAUUGGAAAAGGUGGAGGCUUAGGUGGCGGUGGUGGCAUUGGGGGAGGAAUAGGUAAAGGGGGAGGUUUAGGUGGUGGUGGUGGGUUCGGAAAAGGUGGUGGCAUUGGGGGAGGAAUAGGUAAAGGUGGAGGUUUAGGUGGUGGUGGUGGUUUUGGAAAAGGUGGUGGCGUUGGAGGAGGGAUAGGAAAAGGUGGUGGCAUUGGUGGUGGUGUUGGAGGAGGUACCGGUGGUGGCAUUGGUGGUGGUGUUGGAGGAGGUACCGGUGGUGGCAUUGGGGGUGGAUUUGGCAAAGGUGGUGGCUUUGGGGGUGGUGUUGGAGGAGGAGGAGGCUCUGGUGGUGGCUUUGGAGGAGGUUCCGGUGGCGGGUUUGGGGGAGGAGCAGGAGGCGGGUUUGGUGGAGGGGCAGGAGGUGGUUUUGGUGGGGGUGGCGGUGGCGGUGGCGGAGGAGGUUUUGGCGGUGGAAUUGGACACCAUUGA